UUCUAAUUAAAACGAAAAUUUUUAGUUGUCAUUUCAAAAUUCCCUUUUGAAAACUAAUUUUUUUUAUUUCCUCAAAAUUAUAAGUGAAUUAUUAUAAUUAACCAUGAAUAUCGCAAUUAAUGGAUUCGGAAGAAUAGGACGUAUGAUCCUAAGAGCAGCGAUCGAAAACGAUGCUGAGAUUAACAUUAUCAACGAUCCCUCCCUGAUAUGUUCGGCAUACGCGGCAUAUCUCUUCAAGCACGAUUCAUCACAAGGGAGAUAUUUCGGAAAAGUCUGUUACGAUGAAAAACAUCUAAUAGUUAAUAGAAUGAAGAUAAGGCUUUUCCAUGAAAAAGAUCCAAAAAAUGUACCGUGGAAAGAAUGUGGUGGAGAUUGGGUAAUUGACGCAUCAGGUAAAUUUAGAAACUGUGAUCGAGCUCAACAAUUCAUAGAAGCUGGUGCGACAAAAGUUAUUAUUAGCGCUCCAUCUGAAGAUGCUCCCAUGUACAUCGUUGGCGUCAAUUUAGAUAAGUUCAAUCAUGAAGAUAAGGUUGUUUCGAUGGCAUCAUGUACAACUAACUGCUUGGCACCGAUUAUAAAAGUUCUGCACGAACGAUUUGCCAUAGAUGAAGCUCUUAUGACAACAAUACAUUCUGUGACAAAUAGCCAAGUCCUGAUAGAUGGAGCUAGACCACACAAAUGGAGGUUUGGCAGAGGUGGCAUCCAGAACAUUAUUCCGUCUACUACUGGCGCGGCAAAAGCUAUCGGAAAAAUUAUACCUGACUUAAACGGAAAAAUAACAGGAUUGGCAUUCCGAGUACCAACACCCAUCGUAUCUGUGAUUGAUCUAACUGUUAAACUGUGCACAUGCACCGAUUACUACGGCAUCAAGUGUGCUAUGAGAGACGCAGCUUCUUGUAGAUUAAAAGGCAUCCUUGGGUACACUGAAGAAGAAGUUGUAUCUUCAGAUUUCAUAGGUUGUAAAUGUUCUUCAAUAUUCGAUGCUGGGGCGGGAAUUCAACUAAAUGAAAAGUUCUUCAAACUUAUAGCUUGGUAUGAUAAUGAAGUCGGCUAUGCUAAUAGGAUUAUAGAUUUCAUUAAGUUUAUCCAAGACUCUGAUAGUUCGCCUAAACCAAUAUGCGUGCCUGCAUCGUUAACACCAUGUCCAAGGCCGUGUCCCGAAGACAACGUCCCGAAAUGUCCACCUCCAUGCCCACCUCCCCCUCCGUGCCCGUGCCCGCCUAAACCACCCUGCCCACCUCCAUGUCCACCGCCGCCUCCAUGUUGUCCACAACCACCUCCUCGUCCACCCUGCAACAAGUCACCUCCUCCGCCAACCAAUGCGCCAGCCACUACAUGCAAGAAAAAUAAGUGUCCAAAAAAGGAUCAAUGCAAAAAGAAGAAGCCGAAAAAAGACAACACGUGCAAAAGCAACAAAUGCUAGGGUUUCUGCAACAGCUCCAAUUUGGAUGCUAAGCAGGUUGCGUUUGAAGUCGUGGAGACAAGUGACAGCGUUAUUCUACUAUAAUGAUCGUAUAAUCAUAUAAAUUUACGUGUAUGUAUUGGAAAAAAAUGUAACAAUAAAGUCCGUUUUACAUAUA